GCAACGCGCCGGUUACAAGCAGCAACUAAACGCGGCGGAAGGAACCGAAAGAAGAAGGAGACAGAGACAGAAGAGGCACGAGCUCACGGUGUCACGGGGGGACGUUCGUUUUCUCCACAGCCACCUCACCUCAUCCGCUCACUCUACAGCUUUAACAGAAUGAUGCUGCAGCACUCGGGUCCCUCGCUGGCCGACAUCAGCUGCUCUGCCCUGGUGCCCUGCCUGUCCCCGCCGGGCUCGCUCACCCUGGACGACUUCACCAACUUCACGCCCAUCGUGAAAGAGGAGCUGCGGCUCGCCAUCCAGACCAAGCGCCUGUCCAACGGGCUCAGCGCCGACAUGAGCUCGGACGGAGCCAGCUCCAGCUCGGACCGGGCGUACGACGCGCUCCCCUGCGGGUCGGGAGUCAAGAGAGAGUUGACAACCGAGGAGCACGACAGGAGGAAGAGGAGGAGGGAGAGGAACAAAAUCGCUGCUGCAAAGUGUCGCAACAAGAAGAAGGAGAAGACGGAGUGUCUGCAGAAGGAGUCGGAGAAGCUGGAGAGCGUCAACGCCGACCUGAAGGCUCAGAUCGAGGAGCUGAAGCAGCAGAAGCAGCAGCUGGUCUACAUGCUCAACCUGCACCGGCCCACCUGCAUCGUCCGGGCCCAGAACGGCCAGACGCCUGAGGACGAGAGGAACCUGUUCAUCCAGCACAUCAAGGAGAGCACCUUACAACUCCACAACCUCACCUCCUCCUCCAUCACCUCCUCCUCCUCAGUCACAUCCACCUCUACAGUAGCACCUCUAGAUGGAGGACUCCUCACCCUCGAUCACAUUCACUGCCCCAGUCACCUAUGAGCUGAGCGAGCAGGUGUUUUUGCCACUUUUCUAAGACUUAUGCGACGCGUCCGCCCGCCGUCUCUGACGCAGCUGAGACUGUUCGAGACGCAGGUGGAGCCGCCGUAGACUUAUGACACGAGAAUGACAGUGAGACGCCACCUCCUGACGGCUCCUCGUUCUCACUCAGCAUCCACAAAGCUGCUACAGAGAGUGUCAUAACGUGACCUCAGCACCACCCACUCCCUGAAACCGUAGCUGCUGAUUGGACAAAAAGUGACGUACGAUGGACACCUUGACAUGCAUUAUGAAUUUCUUUUUUUUUUUUUUUUUUUUUAGUCAGGGCCAAGGACAGAUGCUAAAGCACUAAAAAAAACAAAAAAAAAAAACAAAAACAUCAACUGCUUUUUUAUUUACAGGUAUUUUGAAUAGAGUCUGGAUUUUGUACCAAAGCGUGAUUUCAAGGUGAUCAAGGCACAUGAUUGAACUGUAGACGCAGGAUGAUAUGUGAGUGAGUUUGAGCUGCAAGUCACUGACUCUAAAAAAGACUUAGUUUAUGAAAAAUAGUAUAUUUAUUUAUUAAGUAACUACUGUAUGACCUGUAUCAACCCUGUCUGCUUGUCCUUUUAUACAAAAUGAAAUACUAAAUCUGCUGCUACUACUAACCACUCAGGACGUACGCUGGCUGUAGAAGUCGAUGCCACAUGUUUAUUUUCUUUGCCCGUUUAAAGGAUGUUGGUCUGUCAACCAGGGUAGAAGUAGCAGCCACAAAGGGAAAUGUAAUUUGCAGGCGGGGUUUAUAAUGGUUCUGCUCUUAAAAUGUAGUAAAAAAAACGUACUUUUCUUAACAAUUUGAAAUCUACUGUAAGCAAAGCUGUAGUAGUCAACGCCACAUGUUUAUUAUCUUGCCUCGUUUAAAGAGCUGACCUCUCAAGAGUAGAAGUCAGGAUGAUGGAUGUCAACCAGGGUAGACGUAGCAGCCACAAAGGGAAAUGUAAUUUGCAGGCAUGGUUUGUUAUAAUUCUGCACUUAAAACAAAGUAAAAAAUGGCCAAAUAAUCAUAUAUGCAGACGAUACAUUACUUUUCUUAACAAUCUGAAAUCUACUGUACGCAAAGCUGUCCAAAAAAAAUUGGAUACUGUAAAUAAUUUCACAAGUACACUUUAAUUAUCACUGCGUUCCCUCUUAAACAGACCUAGUGUUGCUUUGUACAUCCUCUGUGACGAUGAAGCUACAUGAGUAUGAGUGUUAUUUUUCAGACAUGUUUGUUUUCUACCUAAAAUCUUGUAUAUUGUUUCACUGCGCAUUAACUCUGUAACUGUAUCUGUAUGUAAACACCAGAUGCCUCCUUUGGUUUUGACAGAGCAAAACAAGAUGAAAAGAAACGAUUGUUAUUUUAAAGAAAAAUGUAUUUAUUAAUAUUCGUUGAUUUGGGAAGUUAUGUUCACUAGAUAUCAUUAGCUAGGUAUCAGAAGUGUUGCAUCAGCUUUUGGCUCGUCCUUUAACACGCCUGACUCUGAAGUUACACAAGAUGACGUGAUAUUACACCGUGUGUUUGGACCUAACCAGUAUCUGGGUUUCAAUUCAUGCCAAAUAUUUCCCUCACCCUCCACUCCCUCUUCCUCUCUCUGGCUCGUUAAUUUUACAGAGAAAUCAUCCCUCAAGGGAAAUGUGGUUUAUUGCGCAAACAGAAACUGAGGAAGUGCAAUGAUCCAGAGUUAAGAGGUUAUGUUCUUUUCAAAUACGAAGCAACGUGUUCGUCAACAGCCGUGUUGAAACUCUGGUUAUCAGUAUUUGGAUAAGUCCCAGCACUUCAUCUAAGAAACACUCCAAAGGGUGAUAAUUUAAGCAUAAUGCUCUUAAACAGCACAGUAAACUGCUUCACGGUGAGGACUGAAGUGUUAUAUUUUAUGUUUCAGAAGAUUUAUAUUGUUUAACGUGUGUGUUAUGUAAGAAAAUAACUUUGAGAGUCACACGGUUAAAAGGACGCAGGCGUCUGCGUGUGUUCAUAGUGUGUGUGUGUGUUGUAUUUGUGGUUGGUUGUCCUGUUGUUAGUCAUGGCUGCUGAGUUGGACGAGUGUGUUCUCUGCUGUGCCUGUUUCUCCUGGAGGCGGCUUCACGUCUGUAGCUGCUCGACUGUCGGAGCAUCGUAGUCUGAAAGAAUAAAGUGUAGGCUGUCGGACACAACUGCACUGCUAAUACCGACGUGUACUUCCAUCUUUGUGACCUGUUGAUUUUUGUUUUUGAUACUUUGUUAAUUAAAAAUAUGUAUUGCAUAUGA